CUGUAUACGCAUUUCCCAUGCUCAACGGGUAACUAGUCUCUCUCUCAAUCCCCACUAUAUAUAUCACUACUUCUACAUAUCUUUCUUCACAUAACAAUUCAGAUUCUUGAGAGUGUUAUCAAAUGGCUUCUUCUAGCAUGUUUCUAAUUGGUCUUGUGCUUUUAUUGACACCAAUGUUGCUUGAAGCAAAGGAGUUUCAUGUUGGUGGCAAAGAUGGUUGGGUCGUGAAUCCUUCUGAAGACUACAAUCAGUGGGCUCGAACACAUAGGUUUCGAGUCAAUGACACUCUCCAUUUCAAGUACGUUAAAGGGAAUGAUUCGGUUCUUGUGGUGAAGAAAGAAGACUAUGAUUCUUGCAACACCAACAAUCCAAAACAAAAAUUGGACAAUGGUAAUUCCAAGUUUAAGCUGAGUGACUCGGGUUUCUAUUAUUUCAUCAGUGGCAAUGCUGACAACUGCAAGCAUGAUGAAAAGAUGAUUGUUCAAGUCAUGGCUGUUCGCCCUAAUGUCACACCUAAUGUCACGGCUGUGCCACCAUCUCAGCCUCCGGCAAGUGCGUCACCUCCUAAGAUUCCGUUGACCUAUGUAGAUUCUCCGGCACCGUCUCCGUCCAAAGCAAGUUCUGUUGGGGUUGUGGUUUGGGUGGUUUUGAUGUUGUUUGGUGGCUAUGUAGGGUUUGUUUAUUAGUCUAUUGCUAUGAGCCUAUGAGAGUUGUAAUUGGAUCUGAUAUGAUGAGAAAUAAAUUGUUUCGUGAUUUAUGAUUUUUAUGAGGGUU